CUCCCCCUGACCAACUCUAGAGCAGCAGCGGUGGUAAAGUUUGGAGAGGAAAACUCAGACUUCUUCAGCGGGCGAGAGGCUCACCAAACAUACACCGACACAGGCCAAAACAAGGCAUCCAGUAUGGACGACUUGGACGCGUUGCUGGCGGACCUGGAAUCUACUACGUCCCACAUCUCAAAGCGACCAGUGUUCUUGCCCGAGGAGACCCCCUACUCCAUCCCUACCGGUGGACAAUCCUACCAGGAUGUGUCGGUUCCACCUCCAGUUCCUCCUCCACCUUCAGCCGAGGCUCUGAACGGCUCCCUGAUAGAUCAGCCAGACUCCCACCACUCCUCUCAGCAGUCUUUAGGUUCAGCCCAGAAGAGUUCAUGGUCGAGAGACAGUAGCAGCUCUCCGUUGUCUCACAUUGAAGAGGACCACGUCUACAGUUUCCCAAACAAACAGAAGUCAUCCGACUCGUCGACAGCAGCCAUGACCUCUGCCCUUGGCAGCAACCUAUCAGAGCUCGACAGGCUGCUUCUGGAACUCAACGCAGUGCAACAGAGCUCCCCUUCGUUCCCCACCACAGAGGAGACAGCUCCACCUUUACCGUCCUGCAGCAUCACCCACUACGAGAACGGCGGCGCCCCUGAGAUCAUGGUAAGCCCUGCUGCUCAGGAGAAGCCCAAGAGGAACGGAACAAGGUUGGACGAGGCCCGACCGUCUGUGGAGAGUCUGCUGGACGAGCUGGAGGGCUCAGUGCCUUCACCCAGCCCCUCCGCUCGCCACAGUGAUUUGGACAGCCCCUCUCAGCAGCAAGCCCGAAUUUCAGCUUCCUGUGCCACAAGAGAGCUCGAUGAGCUGAUGGCGUCUUUGUCGGACUUCAAGAUUAUGGCUCAAGGAAAGAGUGCUGUUCCCGGCGGUCCCCCGACACAGGUCAACAAGCUGGACAACAUGCUCGGUAGCCUCCAGUCUGACCUCAACAAACUGGGCGUGCAGACGGUAGCUAAAGGAGUUUGCGGCGCUUGCGCAAAGCCAAUCGUGGGACAGGUGGUGACUGCCAUGGGCCGCACAUGGCACCCCGAACACUUUGUGUGCACACACUGUCAAGAGGAGAUAGGCUCCAGGAACUUCUUUGAGCGUGAAGGACAGCCCUACUGUGAGAGAGACUACCAUAACCUGUUCUCCCCGCGAUGCUUCUACUGCAACGGGCCCAUACUGGAUAAAGUUGUGACGGCGUUGGAUAGGACAUGGCAUCCUGAACACUUCUUCUGCGCCCAGUGCGGCUCUUUCUUCGGCCCAGAGGGUUUCCAUGAAAAAGACGGAAAAGCUUAUUGCAGGAAGGAUUACUUUGACAUGUUUGCACCGAAAUGUGGCGGCUGUGCUAGAGCCAUUCUGGAGAACUACAUCUCAGCGCUGAACUCCCUCUGGCAUCCCGAGUGUUUUGUUUGCAGGGUUUGUAUCAUGCAGUCCUGUCAUUAUGACAUUUUUUGUUAUGUAUUUUUCUUUAUAAGAUGUUAUUAUGAGGAAAAAAGCAUCAGAGUAACAUUCUCCUCUGCUGUCCCUUGUCUCCGUCUACAGGAGUGCUUCACCCCAUUUGUGAAUGGAAGUUUCUUUGAGCAUGACGGCCAGCCCUACUGUGAAGUGCACUACCACGAGCGACGCGGCUCCCUUUGCUCCGGCUGUCAGAAGCCCAUCACAGGCCGCUGCAUCACGGCCAUGGCCAAGAAGUUCCACCCGGAGCACUUUGUCUGCGCCUUCUGCCUCAAGCAGCUCAACAAAGGCACCUUUAAAGAACAAAACGACAAACCCUACUGCCACGGCUGCUUCGUCAAGCUGUUCAGUUAGGCACCAGAGCACAUAACUGUACUACAGAGUUCUGUGUUUGGGUCACGGCUUAGAUAAGUGUCUAAAGCAUCUUUAGCACAAGUAGUGUGGGAAUGGAUUGUGUUUAUAUAUAAAAAAAAAAAAAAGGGGUUGUCUGUUUUCUGAUGAUGACAUUGGAAGUGUGUAUGGAUUAGGUAUGUGCAUGUGGUUAAAGCAACAUUCAGGCUAAAAUACAUUUAACUCGUGCUUGAGACAUUUGGAAAAAAGGUCAUUAUUUUCAAACUGAUAACUGUUUUUCUUUAAGCUCCUAUUGGUUUUAAAUGAGCCUGUAGGUUUGAUGCAGAUAAACUCGCAACACAACAUUUUAAGGAGAAUGAAAAUCUUCAGAGCCUGAUAAACUGGCAUUACAAUGCUUUUUUAAAUCAACACUGAUAUGCAGAACUCUUUUUGUCCAAUCUUCUAAAAAUGUGUUGGACUUAUAAACAGGCAAAGAGCUGGCGUUCUUUUUUUUGUUACUCUGGCAUCAAUUUGUUUUCUAACCUUUUUAGUUUUUGUCUUUUACUUUAUAGAAGUUGGUGAAAUCUUUCUGAACACUGAAGAAAUCCAUGAAAUGCUCUGUGUGUUUGACAUUGUUGCUCACUGGUUGAGUGUCCUUUUUAGAAACCAUGAAAAAAAGAUACAAGAAUCAGAAAACGAUAGCAGGGAGAAGGUGACCUGUUACUAUUUUUAGCAUUACAGUAGAAACCAUUUUACAGCUGAUGAGGAGAAAAGCUUUUUAAGAUGUUUUUGUAAAGCUGGACAGAGCAGAUGGAUAAACCCACGAUAUCAUUGUCGCAUUUACUGGAAAUAGGCUUAGUCAGCACUCACUAUUAUUUUUGUAUGUGUGUAAUGUGUUGUCGUUAAGACCUUUUUAUGGAGUCACCCAAUCAGCCUAAGAUAUAUAUAUAAUGAUUUAAUGUGUUGACACCAGCAUGUCAGAACAGAAACAUUUAAUGAAUCUCAAGCACACGUAUCUUUUAGCCAAAGUCUGAAGUCACCCAUCGGUGAAUAUUUCAGUGUUGCUCAUUGGAAAAAUUCAAUAUGCAUCAGUUCAUCAGUAGAUGCGACUCUUAUGAGUAAGGGGCAACUGCAUAUUUUUGAGCAAACCUCACGUUUUUAAAUGUUUCACUGCCAAAUCAUUCCUUGUCUUUUCACAGAUGAAAAGAGAAAAUCUGAAAACAGUUUCUUGCAGUAGCUUCAUACAGUGAAGUGGAGCCUCAAACAGAUAUUGGGAGUAUUUUGUGAUAACUGGCAUCUCUUACACAACCAGUACCAUUUCUGAGUACAUCCUCAGAUGUUGUUUUUCUUUUUUUUGUUUGUAAAUAUCCGAUGCAGCUACAUUGUAAGCAAAGCGCUGGCAUGCUUAGCAUGUACAUGUGUUUGAUAACCACUCAUUCAGAGAGGGAGAGGGCAGGUGGAAAGACAUAACAAAGAUACUUUGGUAUUUUUAGUGUCAUUACUGUAUUGAGAAGCUGAUGAAUGUUCACUAUUUUGAAAGAAGUAUAUAAUGCAAGAAAAUCCAUAAAAUAAGCAUGUGAUACUCCAAUAAUGCUAUGCAACUGUGGAUUAACCCCUUUGUAUGUCAGCAUCUUUGUUCAAUAACAGGCUGUCUGUGCCAUUGUAUCAGUACAAUGUCUAAUAACACUGGCAAAUUCAGCAAAAUACUGUUAACAGAUGAAAAUCCACAGUUAUGUUUUCAUGUUACUAGUCUGUGAGUCCACUGAGAAGUGUAGGCUGUGGGAGUCAAAGCCUGGUGGUCUUCUAGAAGAAGUUGUAGGACUAAGAUGACUCACUUCCCUCAGCAUCUGAGUAGCAUCUACUGUAUGACCACCAGGCUGGGUUUGUACAUGGUUCAUGAAAUGCAGCAGAUGUAUCGGGCCUUUGUCUUGUUCAGGGAAAUCUAGAGCCUUAACUCUUUUCUCUCUUUCUAUUUAAGAGAUCAUGUAACAGUUGUUUUUUCAAAUCAUUUUAGUAGAGUGUUAUUUAACCAAAGCCAUACCUUCUUUGAAUUGUUUUUUCUGUUCUUUUUUUUUUCUUUUCACUUUGAAUGUCAAUAGGUAUGAAUAGUGAGAUUCCUCACCUCUAGUCUGAUUAUGCAAAUAAAUUCUGUUUUGGUAUCAAAA